AACCACAUUACGCAAGGCUUACUCCACUUCCUGGAACGAAAUUUCAAAAUAAGAAUGUUUUCGCACGCUGGUCGUUUGCCAGCAGCGCUAUGAAAUCGACCGCAAACCUAAAACCCGUCUUUUAUUUUGAAAUCGGGGUCAUUCAUCCGUGUUUCGUCGAUCCCUCGCGGAGCCACCGACCGCCCGGGACCUGUGGGAGGAUAAUCACGUAUGAACGGUAGGAUCCAGCAGGCAGGUACAAGUCCGCCGCGAUGAGGCUCCGUUUGGCCGGAGCCGUGCUGCUGUCGGCGGCCGCCUACUACGUCUACCUGCCGCUACCGAGCGGCGUGAGCGAGCCGUGGAAGCUGAUGCUGCUAGACGCGCUGUUCCGGAGCUUCAUGCAGGCGAGUGACGUGGCUCACGCGCUGGGCGUGUGCCAUCGCGUCCACCUGUUGAACCAGGUGGUGUCCUGGGUGGAGGUGAUCGAGGCUCGCUCCUGCCCCGCCGUGCUCGUGACCGACUCCGCGCUGGGCGGCGUGCCCACCAGGGUCUUCCAGCCAAAGGGCGGGAAGAAGCUGAAGAGAGGGGUCAUAUACUUCCACGGUGGAGGGUGGGCCCUCGGCAGCGGCCGAAUGCGAUCCUAUGACCGUCUUUGCCGGAAGAUGGCGGAGGAUCUGGAUGCUGUCGUGAUGUCUGUAGAUUACCGUCUGGCUCCGGAGGCGGUGUUCCCAGACCAGUACCACGAUGCGCUGGCAGCAUCCCGGGCCUUCCUGUCCGCUCAGGUUUUGGAGCGCUACAGCAUCGAUCCGGGGAGGGUGUGUGUGUCCGGGGACAGCGCCGGGGGGAACCUGGCCGCUGCCGUGGCUCAGGAGCUGAGCUCUGACGACAGUCUGAGCGCGAGGUUCAAGGCCCAGGCGUUGAUCUACCCGGUGCUGCAGGCCCUCGACUUCUACACCCCGUCCUACCAGCAGAACCAGGCCGUGCCCAUCCUCUACCGGCCCGUCAUGGCUCGUUUCUGGCUGCAGUACCUGGGCGCCGACGCCUCCCUGGAGCCCCUCCUGCUCGCCAACAACCACAGCUCCCUGGACCAGCCGGCCAUCGGCGCCGACACCCGCUCCAGACUGGACUGGACCUCUUUGCUCUCAGGUGAGCGCAAGAAACACUUCCGGCCGGUUCUUAAAGAGACGGGAUCGCCAGGGGUGGUGGGCGAGGUGCCGGCGCUGGUGGAUGUGAGGGCGGCGCCGCUGCUGGCGGAGCAAGGGGUUCUGGGUAAGACGCCGAAAGCGUACGUGAUGACGUGUGAGUUCGACGUGCUGAGGGACGACGGGCUCAUGUAUGCGAAGCGCCUGCAGGACGCCGGCGUCACGGUGACCAGUGAUCACUACGACGACGGGUUUCACGGCUGCAUGGUGUUCGCGUUCCUGCCGAUGAUGUCCAGCGUUGGACAGAGGAGCAUGAACAACUUCAUCCACUGGCUGGACCAGAACCUGUAGACUGUCAGGCUGCUCCAGAUCCGUCUGAACCCGGAUCUGUGGACCAGGAUCUGUAGAGUCUGGUUGUGACGCCAAAGAGGUUCUGGGAGCGGGAGAGUUUUCUGGUUCCUUUGAGCUCCUUGUUGCAUCUGCAGACAAGGAGAGAGGGAGACACAUCUUUGGUUAUCACAAAUAUAAGAGAUUCAAAUAUCAGACACGUAACUCAGAAGAUCACGUGUCCUGAGGAAGACACCAGACCUGACGUCAGCUGCAAGAUUUAAAAACACGGAAAACAAAAACCAAAACCACUAGGGGGCAAAUCGUCCUCCUCCUUGAGAACGUCUGAUUCAGCAGAAUGUAAAACAAGGCGGUCACCAUCGUUGUUUCGCUACUGAGUCUGUCGCUGAAAAUCACCGCAAACCGUUAAAUUGACCAAAAUGAAAACGGUCGUCACUGAACCUUAAAACCAAAACGUUUUCCGAUCAAAUCCAACCAAAGACGUUGACGCUUUUUCACGCCAAUGCAACAAGUUUAGAAUUCCUCAAAGUCUGAAAACAUAAUUUAUGCACAGUAGGAUUUCUUACCACGUAGCUAGCUCUAUACAAAUGACGGAUUUUGAAUCAGACAAAUUUCACUGGAGACGGAGGGAUCCAGUUACUAGAAGUUAAUGGCAUCAAAUCCGAAUCAAGAUCUUAGUGGCCACAGUACAAUUAAUGUUCGUAUGUGGUUGUUUUUUUAAUUUAGUUAUUUAUUCUGAUUAUAAUAAACUUGUGAAAUGUGUAUUUACAAUAUCGAUAAUUCAAAAAUCUGUGUGAAAAUAUAAUUGAAUCAGAGCUCAAUACUAUAUAAUUUAACCAUGUAUUGUUUAAUAAUAUAUAAUUAACAGCCUAUUUACAUUUUCUCCCCAGUUAUUUUCUGUAAUCGUUGCUCUUCUCUGAGCAGGACAACAACAACCGACAACUUUUAGAUCUGGGGAAAUAAAUUCAGGUUCAAAAUAAUAAUAAUCAGUGUUUUAAAAAAUAAAAAAAUCUAUCUGUA